UAUUCAAAUUGAAAAAGAUACCCACAUUUCUCUCUUGUUCCGGGAAGUCCAUCGACCCUGAACCUCCUUCAUCUCUCUCUAUAUCUAUACAUUUUCUCUUCUAUAUGUAUCUCUCUCUCUCUCUUAACUUGUUUGUGAUCAUGUUUUGAUGACCUAACUCUCUCUAUCUUUUCUUCUAACUAUACUUUGCCCUUCUUUCAUACAAAGUUUUUGUUUUUGUAUAAAAUUGUCGGUUUGGAAUUUUUAGAGAAACCCCAUUUUCUUUUUCUUUUUUCUCAGUAUAUUGUGUCUUUUGCAUUUCUUCACGAUCACUAGAAAUUGAAAGAGCGUUUAAGCUCACAAGAGAAGAAUUUUUUUUAAAUUUAUUAUUUUUUAAUAUGAAAAGAGCAAAAUUUGACUUGUUCAUGUCACUGAGUAGGCAAAGAUCGGUGCAAGUUUUGAUUUUGUUAGGUCUUUUGUAUGUAUUUUUGGUGGGUCUUGAAGUUCCUUUUGUUUUCAGAAAUGGGUUUAGUUUAGUUUCUCAAGACGGUUUUGGUACAGGGCAGUUUUCUUCUAAGUCUUUUGUGCUUGAUAGUGAAGAGGAGUUAGAAGAAAAAGAAGCUCCAAAUCGCCCUAUUGACGUUUCACUUCUGGUUCCAAAUCAAUCAAAGUAUGAAAGAAAGAUUAGAGAAAUCAAGAGUCCUUUGUCAAGUUUGUUUUUUGAUGGUAAUUAUGUGAAUAUGACUAGUAAUGAUGGGUUUUCUGGGAUUUUGAAAUCAGCAAAAGAGGCCUUUGAGGUAGGUAAAAAGUUCUGGAAAGAGCUUGAAUUGCAUAAAAAAGAAGUGGGUAUUGUAGAAAGUAACAAGACAGAAGAAUGUCCUCAUUCCAUUUCAAUGUCAGGGUCUGAGUUUUUGGGGAAAGGGAGAAUGAUGGUGUUGCCAUGUGGGCUUACUCUUGGUUCACAUAUAACUGUUGUGGGGAGGCCAAAAAGGGCCCAUCAGGAGAAUGAUCCAAAGAUAUCAUUGCUGAGGGAAGGUCAAUUCUUGAUGGUUUCACAGUUUAUGAUGGAGUUACAAGGGCUGAAGACUGUUGAUGGAGAGGACCCACCUAGGAUUCUUCACUUCAAUCCACGGUUGAAUGGCGAUUGGAGCGGGAAGCCGGUGAUUGAGCAGAACACUUGUUAUAGGAUGCAGUGGGGGACGGCUCAAAGGUGUGAUGGAUGGAGGUCCAGGGAUGAUGAGGAGACUGUUGAUGGCCAGGUAAAAUGUGAAAAGUGGAUCCGAGAUAAUGACACCAACCAUUCUGAGCAAUCAAAGGCAUCGUGGUGGUUAAACCGGCUAGUAGGGCGAAAAAAGAAGGUCGACUUCGAUUGGCCAUUCCCAUUUUCAGAGGGUAGGUUAUUUGUGCUAACUCUCAGUGCCGGUUUUGAGGGUUAUCAUGUGAAUGUUGAUGGGAGGCAUGUGACCUCAUUUCCAUAUCGAAUUGGAUUUGCGCUAGAGGAUGCCACUGGUUUGUCUUUGAAUGGUGACAUCGAUGUCGAUUCAGUCUUUGCUGCCUCCUUGCCCACAUCACAUCCUAGUUUUGCUCCUCAAAGGCAUCUUGAUAUGUCAAACAGAUGGAAGGCACCACCCCUCCUUGAUCAGCCUGUGGAUCUGUUUAUUGGCAUUCUGUCGGCAGGCAAUCACUUUGCUGAGCGAAUGGCUAUAAGGAGGUCUUGGCUGCAGCAUCAGCUAAUCAAAUCUUCAAAUGUUGUGGCUCGAUUCUUUGUCGCAUUGCACGCUAGGAAGGAUAUAAACGUGGAGUUGAAGAAAGAGGCAGAAUUCUUUGGUGACAUUGUCAUUGUUCCUUUCAUGGACAAUUAUGAUCUUGUUGUCUUGAAAACAGUUGCCAUCUGCGAAUAUGGGGUCCAUGCAGCAUUUGCAAAAAAUAUCAUGAAGUGUGAUGAUGAUACAUUUGUUAGAGUGGAUGCAGUUAUCAAGGAAAUAAAUAAGAUACCCAAGAAUAGGAGCUUAUAUGUUGGAAAUAUCAAUUACUAUCAUAAGCCCCUGCGUAAUGGUAAAUGGGCAGUGACAUAUGAGGAAUGGCCAGAAGAAGAUUAUCCACCUUAUGCGAAUGGACCGGGUUACAUUAUUUCAUCAGCCAUUGCAAACUUCAUUGUCUCAGAGUUCGAUAGACAUAAUCUAAAGUUGUUCAAGAUGGAGGAUGUCAGCAUGGGAAUGUGGGUCGAAAAAUUUAAUAGCUCAUCAAGACCAGUACAAUAUGUACACAGCUUGAAGUUCUCCCAAUCUGGAUGCGUAGACGACUAUUAUACCGCUCAUUAUCAGUCCCCUAGACAGAUGAUUUGUAUGUGGAACAAAUUACAAGAGCUAGGCCAGCCUCAAUGCUGUAACAUGAGAUGACAAUUAGGAUUUGAAGAAAGAAUGGAAUCUGAAAACUUCCCAGGAAUUAGGAUAGACAAGUUUUGCACUUUAAUAGUACAAUGAUCUGUAUAUUCUCUAAAAGAUACUUUCAUAUGAUAGGGCUGCUUAGGUGCCUUGAAAAUUCAUUUUUGCUUUUUCUACCUUCCCCGUCUUUAUAAUUUGUUUAUAACAUACUUUUCAAAGUAGGUAUAUAAAUGUGCAUUUUUAGAAUAUCACUGCACACGUUUGGAUGUAACUUACCAUUACAUCAACAGCAACAGAAAGAAACAAAUUUGAGAUUCCAUGAUGUUUCAAAUA